ACAGCUGCUCGACUCUCACGACACUUCUCCAACUUUUUCCUCGCACAACAAAAAACUCCUCCAUUCCCGGACUUUGCGCUUUUACGCACAUCAGCUCCGGCCCAAACACAAACUCCGCUCCGCUGGAGGCUCGAGUGAAUUUGGACUUUUCUCUUCUUUCUCUGCGUAAUGCUGAGACGUCCUCUGCUCAACAUCUGGAUUAACUAUUUGCAGUCGGAGCUCGCGGCCCUGCACAAACCUCCGGCUGUCUCGUCUGUCUUCAUGGACAGACUCUGGCUUUUCUCUGGAAUUUAACUCCCUUUGACAAACCCGGGCUUUGCGCAUAGAUUAUGUAUCCUCUAACAUGGGUGCGAACAAUGGAAAACAGUAUGGAAGCGAGGGUAAAGGGAGCUCAAGCAUCUCCUCUGACAUAAGUUCCAGCACAGAUCACACACCAACUAAAGCUCCAAAGAAUGUGGCUACCAGCGAAGGUCCAUCCUCCAGCACCAGGACUCUGAGCACCCCCAGCCCGGGUCUGAUUCUCCCGUCCAAGUCCUCCUCUCUCUCCUCGCCCGCCCUCUCCAGCAACGGCCAUGAGACCAACUCCUCGUCCUCGUCCUCCGCCCCGGCAGAGACGGUGGCCGUGGUGCACCCCCACCCGGGCACCCACACCCGCUCCCGCCAGUCCAAGACCCAUCACCACGCCCCCAUCGACCUCCUCCCCGACCACGCCCUCCUGCAGAUCUUCUCCCAUCUCCCCACCAACCAGCUGUGUCGCUGUUCCCGCGUGUGCCGCCGCUGGUACAACCUGGCGUGGGACCCGAGGCUGUGGAGCAGCGUGCGGCUGACGGGGGAGCUGCUCCACGCCGACCGCGCCAUCAGGGUCCUGACCCGCCGGCUGUGCCAGGACACGCCCAACGUGUGUCUGACCCUGGAGACGGUGGUGGUGAGCGGCUGCAAGAGGCUCACUGACCGGGGGCUGCACAUCGUGGCCCACAGCUGCCCGGAGCUGCGCCGCCUGGAGGUGGCCGGGUGUUAUAACAUCUCUAAUGACGCCGUGUUUGAGGUGGUGUCCCGCUGCCCCAACCUGGAACACCUGAACCUCUCAGGCUGCUCCAAGGUGACGUGCAUCAGUCUCACCCAGGAGGCCUCCCUCCAGCUGGCCCCUCUGCACGGACAGCAGAUUUCCAUCCACUACCUGGACAUGACCGACUGCUUCUCCCUCGAGGACGAAGGUUUGCGAACUAUCGCCUCCCACUGCCCCCGCCUGACGCAUCUGUACCUGCGCCGCUGCACUCGACUGACGGAUGAGGCCUUGCGCCACCUGUCUCUCCACUGCCCUUCCAUACGGGAGCUCAGCCUCAGUGACUGCCGCCUGGUGGGCGACUUCGGCCUGCGCGAGGUCGCCCGGCUGGAGGGCUGCCUGCGCUACCUGAGCAUAGCCCACUGUACCCGCAUCACGGACGUGGGCAUGCGCUACGUGGCUCGCUACUGCCCGAGGCUGCGCUACUUGAACGCCAGGGGUUGUGAGGGGCUGACGGACCACGGCCUCAGCCACUUGUCCAGGAGCUGCCCCAAGCUCAAGUCCCUGGACGUGGGCAAAUGCCCGCUGGUGUCCGACAGCGGGCUGGAGCAGCUGGCGAUGUACUGCCAGGGCCUGAGGCGAGUGAGUCUCAGAGCCUGCGAGAGCGUCACGGGCCGAGGACUCAAGGCGCUGGCGGCCAACUGCUGCGAGCUGCAGCUCCUCAACGUGCAGGACUGCGAGGUGUCGCCGGAGGCUCUGCGCUUCGUCAGGAGACACUGCCGCCGCUGCGUCAUCGAGCACACGAACCCGGCUUUCUACUAAGGCUCUUGGACGGCUCCUCUGACAAGUGGAUGUUUUAAUAUUCCUGCUAUGGUGUUGGCAGAGUUCAGCGACUGGCGUGUCAGAACUGGUGGAAAACUGGGGGUGCAAUACUGGCCAGGAACUGUCUCUUUUUUUUAAAAUGCGCUUAGUGGCUGUUAAUGCUGUUCUUUGAAAAUACGUCAUAGAAUGUAUUUAACAUAUUUAUCUGUAAAAAAGGCAGAGACGUGCAGUAUCUCAACAUCUUACUGUUUUUUGUCUCCGUCACCAUUUGCAAUGUAGCAACAUGCAACACUGAGCACUGGGUACAGUCGUGUUACCUUUAAAAACAUUGUAAUAUAUUUUAUUUGAAAGCUCAUCAUCACCUUAAAAACCCUGAGUCAUAAUCAUAAGCAAACAUUACUGCAUCUAUUUAUAAACUGCAAGUAUCUGCAGAAUAAACCACUAAGAAUGUAGCGACAGAGCAGAUCCAGGGCCUCAUUUACAACAAAAUGCAAAAAUUGGGAUCUAGAAACACAAACUUGAUGCAGACGUCAGGUGGUGAAUUGAAGCCAGAUUAUUGAUUCUCUUUAUCAUAAACUUUAAAAACCAGCAGUGUUGCUUUGUGCACGUGCAACAGUUUAAUAAGUUUGCACUGUUGUGUAAAUGAGGCCCCCUGUGAUUUCACAUAUACUCAGUGUCACUCUCUUUAUGUUUUUGUGCAGAUGCACUUUACACGAUUACUCUGACAAUCACUUCACUGAGUCAUAUUUCAGAUUUCAUCAAUACUAUUUCUAUUAAUCAAACUAUGAGACAAACAACUAACUGUUAUGGGACCAUUGCUGAAAAUACACAAGGACACGUUGCUGCUAUAACUGUGCCAAUAAAACUUUUCUGACAA